AAGGUCGUGACCACGUGGCCCCGGCACGGAGCUAUCGAGCUAUGCGAAGCAUGUGUUACAUGGAGAAGCUUGGGGGGAAAAAAAAGCCGAGAAAAAAGCGAAGCUCGCAAGCGAACCAUAUGAACGAACGCCCGUACGUUCCGCGCGCGUCGUGUAUGAUUUCAAUGCGAAGAUCGCGCGUGCAGACGGAAAUUAGCCCAGCACAUUACCCACACAUACACACACUUCUCUUCCCUCACACCGGAGACACAUCUAAAUUUCAUAAAAUUCCGUUCAAUCCCAAAUCAAAUAAUCAGCAAAAUGAACAAGCUGUAUGUAGGAAAACUGCCCCGUGAAGUAACCGAAGAGGAACUCCGAAAACUUUUCGAGGACAACGACAUCCCAGUUCAAGAAAUCUUGAUGAAGAAAAAUGGAUUUGCAUUUGUGGACGUUUCCAACGAAGAGCUGGUCGAAAGGGCCACCGAGAAACUAAACGGUUACCAUCUACAGGGAGGACACAUCAAAGUGGAGCCAUCAGUUCCAAGAAAAACAAGAAGUCAAAUGGAGAAUGGAUCUACAGGAAAUCAGGGGCUGAAGAUCAUUAUUAUGAACGUACCAACAAAAGUUGAACACAAGGAUAUUGAAAAGCUUGCUACUACCUUUGGAACUGUAACACAAUUUGAAGCCUCCCCACCCAAGAAUGACAAUGGUACAUAUGCAGUGGUAGUUACAUAUGAACUACCAGAGCAAGCCGAACAGGCCAUCAGACAACUCAAUGGAUUUGAAUACCAGGAGUCCAAACUCAGGGUUAAAUUCAAGAAUGGUGGACGCGGUGGUCGCUUCAACAGGAAUCACAGUGGGCCCGGAGGUCCAUACCACCAGCAACAGCAUGUACCAGAUACAUCCAAUUUCCCCGUCAGAAUUCUUGUACGAAGUGACUUCGUCGGAGCAAUCAUCGGAAAGGGAGGCGGAAACAUCCAGUCCAUCACCCAGGAAACAGGAUGCAAAGUUGACAUCCACCGAAAGGAUAACAUUGGAUCGUCAGAGAAGGCAGUAACAAUCUGUGGAGAUCCCAAGGCAGUGACAGCGACCAUCAAAAAGAUCAUGGAUGUUAUGCUCAAAGAAAGCAGCGAGGAAUCACACACUGAUAUGCCUCUCAAAGUUCUUGCUCAUAACGCCCUUGUUGGUCGUCUCAUUGGAAAGAAUGGUUCAUCAAUUAACAGCAUUAUGGAAGAGUCAAAAGCCAAGGUCACAGUGUCACUGAUCCAAGACCUCACCGUGUUCAACCACGAGCGCACCGUGACAAUCUACGGCACCCCUGAGCAGUGCAUCGCCGCCGAAGGGCUGAUCAGCAAGAAGCUACGCAAGGCCUACGAGAGCUACAUCCAGAACCUCCAGCCUCAGCAGCACGAUCUGUUCCCUGGUCUGAACCACAUGAACCUCAUGUCGGGUGGUAUCCACCACGGACAGCAGGGCCCACCCGGACCCCACUAUGGAGGGCCCGGACAGUUUGACGGUCCCCACUACCAUAACCAACCCCAAAUGAAUAUGCCACAUGGCCCUCAGCCUGGCAUGAACCAGGAACCUAGCGAGACAACCUACCUGUACGUCCCCAGGGAAGCCGUAGGAGCACUCAUUGGAGUUGGAGGAAAGAACAUCAGGAACACUGCUCGUGCCUCAAAUGCUACCAUCAGGAUCGCCCCAGCCGGCAACGAGGAAAGCAAUGAGCGUUGCGUGAAGAUCAUCGGAACUCCCGAAUCCCAGUGGCGUGCUCAGUUCUACAUCUACGAUAGGAUCCGCUCUGAGGGAAUCCUUGGCAGCGGCGAGGUCCACCUCAGGUCAGAGAUUGCCGUGCCAUCUCAGCUUGUCGGUCGCAUCAUUGGGAGGAGGGGACAGAGUGUAAGGGAGCUGCAGCGUGUCACCGGCGCUCGUGUGGAGGUACCCCGCCGCAGGGGAGUGGAUGGUGCCGGAGACGAGGGAUCCUCCGAACCACCACAGGAAAGCAAUAAUCAAAAUGGCAACAACAGUGGUGACGUUGUCGUCAAGCUGGAGGGACACUUCUAUGCCAACCAGGCUGCUCAAAGACGCAUCCGCCAAGCCCAUCGAGAAUACGUCCAGCGACAAAAUUUCCAGGGUAGACCCGGCGGCGGCAGACGAUACUACCGAGGAGGACCAAACCACCAGCAGCAGCAGCAACAACAACAACAACAGCAACAGUAAAAUGGCCUGUUGCCAUGACGAUACAACACACCAAGCAAGAAAAAAAAUGGGAAGAAAUUAGGGAAUUUUGGACAUAAUAUUAAGGGAAGCACUAAGAAGUAUUUCAAGCACUGCCAAGCGUCUUAAUGAAAUUUGUUUGAAGAAAAAAAAAGUGCAAAAUAUUAAAGGAGAAGUGAAAUUGAUAAACCGUGUACGGUUUAAAAGAAGAGGAAAAAAAUAGAAUUGUGAAAAGAUGAAAAAAAAAUGAAAUUAAUAAAUCUUGGCAAGUGUGUGAUGGAGUUUAUAUAUGUGUGGAGAGAAAUAUAGAGAGAGAGAGAGAGUGAGUGUGUGUGUGUGUGUGUGAGAGAGAAUAUGACAGUGUUCAUGUAUGGAGAAUGGACCACAGUUUGCUGAUAAAAGCUGUGAUCGAAUUUGAUGAAUUUCGAAAGCUCUUGAAGCAUUUGCCAAAAGAAAUGUGGACAAUGUUGGGGAAAAAAAAAGAUAUAUUGUCCUAAUUAAAGUUUGGUGUGAUUGGGUUGGGGUGGGAUUCUGAAUUCUUUUGGUUUAAGUCUUGGCAGGAUUAUUAUUCUAAGUUGAAGUCUACUUCUCAAUUUUAACCACCCUUUCCUUGAGAAGCGCAGGAACCUUGUAUCUCCAUGAUGCUUUUGAUGCUCCGUCGCAGUGCCAUAAACCUGGCCGAUUGGAAUUUGAUCGGUGAAAAGUCUGCUUUUUGUCUGAAAGCAUCAUGGAGAUUGUGAUCGCGGUCACAUCGUCUCUAAACAAUGAGUCGAAAAGGGUGGAUUCUUGGAGAUUAUUUCUUGUUUCUGAACUUGAUAAUGGACCUACCUCAGUUUUCUCUUCCAAACAUCCCUAUAGGCAGUAGACCCGUAACACAAAAGCUUCGGGAUUGAUCGUACGCUUGAUUUUCACCAUUGGUAGUACAUUGGAGUCAAUGCAAUCAAUCGCAAAAAUUGUAUGAUCAACUGCAAAGCCUUGUGUUACAGGCCCUAGAAACAUUCCAUGCAGGAGAGUUCCAACACGGGAUCAAGCCUACAUUAUUAUGGAAUCUUCAGUAGAAAAAUGACUGAAAUUUGUGUUAAUUUGCUGCUUGGGUGUGUUGAAUGAUGAUUGCCUUAUUGUACAACUGUACCUCACAAGUGUAAUUAGGGUUUUCUUGAAAUGUAGCGAUGGAGAUCUCUCCUGCGUGGACCAAGAAAUUGUCUCCAAGAUUGUAAAAACCAUAAAAGUUUAACAAACCUUGACAUGUGCAGCAACACACUAUUGUAACUAAAAGCGAAUAGUUUUACUCCCCGUUUGAACGGGGGGUAUACAGAGAAUCUGCUAAAUUUUGAUUGACUUCAAGCAAACGACAUUCCGGCAACCAUUUUUUAAUUUUUUUUUAAAUUGCUAGAGAGAAAAGUUUCAUUUUGUUCUUUUUGUUUGAAACAAAAUGUUUAACUUUCAUUGAUAAUAACGAUACCGAGAGACAAAACGUGGGUUGGGGUUUAUUGUGUGUUUAUUUAUUUUAUUUCCCCUUUUCCUUGACCUUUUCUAAAUUCUUUCAGAAGUUUGUCUCUUGUAUUGAAACUCCGAGAUGACUGUAUAUUUUAUGGCCAGUCAAAGAAGAAAGAGAAAGAGUUUAUAUUUCUUACUUUAUUUUUUACUUUUGAUAUAAAAAAAAUCGAAAAAAUAUAUGAAUGAAACGGUCCAAGUUGGAAAGCCCUUAUAGACGUGUCAACUCCUCCCCACUUUUUAAACCAAACUAAAAAGUGAGGUCCGUUAUACACUUCAGAUUUGCACAACUCUUUUUCUUAAAGCAAAAAUAGCCAAUUUAAUCGGUCCUUGUAGUAGUAAACGGAUAGGGAUGUAACCAAUAUUGGGUGCCAAAAUGUUUUUUGUUUGCUGGUAUCUAAUUGUUUGACAACAUACUGGGGUUUGUGAGAGCCUCAAGUUUUUUCGUUCAGCAGAAUAAGAAAGGGUUACCGUGUAACGGCAGUUCGGAUAGGGUCAAAGGUCAUCACGACCUGUUGUCCAGGUAACGCUGCCACAUAGUCAAGUUUAGCUGUUUCCGCAACCUUACAAGAUCAUAGGCAGUACAGGGGAAACACAAAAAGUUAUAUACAGAUAUAUAUAUCUACAACAACCAAAAAAAUAGAAAAAUGUAAAAAAAAAAAAGUUAUUUCAGGGCGAGCGUGCCCAUGGUAAAACAGCAUCGGCAGUACGUAGUGACUGCCGUCUUGAUUUCUUCACCCGUUGCGGUCAUACACCGAUUGGGUAGGUUUGAAAGAAAUAACGGAUGUCAGCAUUCAAUCUGGCUGCGUCAUUCCUACGCCGCUUCUACAUCGCCUUUCGGUUUGAACGGUCUACUCGCAUUAAAAAAAUAUGUCAAGGCUCAACGGGGUUGUUGACAGAGAAUUUUCGCUUUGAGGGUUGGUGGAAGACCUAGCUCAAUUAACAAUGCUGUUUGUGUCCUCUUUCAUCCAAGGAUGGAGUCUUGCCUGAGGAGUCGUCUGUCCCCCUAGAUGCGAUGUAGAACGGCUAUUAAUCUCAUGCACAAGUGGUUACAAGUGGAGUAUCUGUAUUAUGUGAUUUUACUUUCUUUCCUUUUUGUCAUGUUAACCUCGUCAUUGAUUGAAUAAUGUUGUAUUUACUUGUAAUUAGUAGCGCAGGAAAAAAGGGGCGUGUACUCCUCGCCGCGUACACGCCUCAAUUACGGGAUAUAGCGUACCAGUCGCAUUGGCAUGAUACACUGCAUAUCCUUCGUAGUCUUUAACUAACAAUCAUACAAUUGUAAAGUAAGAAGUCUUGAUCGAGUUUGUGAAUCGAGUUGAUCGGACCUUCGCGGAUGCGACGCUCGCGCAGGCAACAUCACCAAAAAAAAAUCUGUAGUUUAAACGCAUGGUAGUUAUUAAGAAUCACAUUAUAUAUGUAUGGUUCAUAAGGUUGCAUUAUCUGUAGAAGUAUAUACCUAUUAAAUUUUUUUUUUCUGUAGUGUUUAUUUUAGUGCUUUUUUAUGACUGAUCCGAGCAAGAUACGUUGAGGUGAGGUGGAUUAUUCCAUAGCCUAUUUUGAUUCAUAUUUAGUGAAAUGGACGGAUCAAUAUGUAACAAUGCCCGGAAAGAUAUGCAUAUAUACGGUGAGACUUCAAGUAGUCAUCUUUUCGGCUAUACUUCAAAAAUCUAGAAGAAAAAAAAUUCAAUGCAUGCCAUUAAUAUUAGUGUAGUACUAUUGGUCUUUACACUUCUACACGCACAACACGUGGGAUCCGACAGUCUGGCAUACCCUUAUUCUGGUACAAUUGAAGUCGACUUGUACUUAUAUAGCAUAUGUUUUUGAGCGUUUCAAAGUUUCCAUGGAGAUUCUUUCCGGGAAAUGGAUGAAUGAUUUGUGGAUGGCAUGCAGCUGUGCUGGUGCCCUCAAACCACUCUGUACAGUUUUCAAAUACUCUUUUUAAGGAAUACUAUAUACUUGUUAUUGAAAUUUUUGGAAGAGGAAUUUUCGAAUGGAUUAUUUUGGAUUUUUCCGUUAUCUCUCCAAUCAAAUGUACAUUUUAGUAGAUUUAGAUUUUGACAUUUUGCACCAAUUUUACAAUUUAUCAUUCUUAUGCAGUCGGGCAAACUCCACUUGUGGCCGCUUGUGCAUCGCCGAAGUGAAAUGUAUUUGUUUCACUCACCGUACAUAGAAUCGAUCUAGCAUGUUGAUUUGUUUUUAAGUGAUUGUGAAAUUCCAAAUGAUAACGAGGUUUUAAACGAGCAUUUGGUUGAUGUGAAAGAAUGCCUUAAUUACAUCUUAUGAAUGUUGAGUUGAAGGAAGCCCAUCCUUUGUUAUCAUUUGUACGAAAGCAGAAAAGUAAGAAUAAUCGGGUUGGAAACGUUUGGAGCAAAAAAAAUUAUACCAUCGUCUAUAAAUUCAAUGUUUGAUGGCAGUCUCUAAUGCCAAUUCAAGGAUCCAAUAUACCAGUGAUUUGCGGGCUUCUGUCCAGUUCCAUUCAAACUUUUGUCGCUUGAUUAUUCUUUCGUUUCUUAAUCCCUCUCUCUCAAAGGUUGGGUUUCCGUGUUGAAUAACGCAGAUACACACUACCUCUACUACAGUAAAUAAACAGGUCUCCGCCGACCCAAGCCAACGGGGGAAGGCACGGCCUUGCACCAGCAGCACUUGCUUCGUGGUGAAUAAAACGGGUGUUAGAUAUAUAUAUAUAUUUCCAUGCGGCAUGCGCAGUCGGUGUCCAAAGCCAUGCCGUCUCCGGCUGGGUCGGGUCGGUGGAAUAUUGCUUAUCAUAAACUCGGAAUCCUCAAUACAUUAUGUGCCAAUAUCCUGUGACACUCAAAGAAAUGGGUAGAAAGGAGAAAUGAAUUUGAAACAUAAUUGGAUGCUGGCUUGCAAUCCACCAUUCGACUCCGUAGCCUGUUAGUGUGUAUUUAAUUUGUCUACCCCGCUUCACGGUAUCCCCCGGUGUUCUGGUCAUCUGCGGUGAACACGUUCCGGGAACCUGUGAUGCCGUCGGGAUUCGGAGAGCUGAUGUCAUUCAUAUAUUUGUUGUGUUAGGUCACAUUUGCCAUUAUCAGACGAUGAAGGCGUAUCGUUGGUGGGGUGAUGACAUAUUAUAUCUAACAAAUUAUCAAUUUAUCAUGAGAGCUACAUGUCAUGGUAGCCAUGAUCUUAUCGCGUAUGGUGGCUACCUUAUACAUCACAACAGGGUCAUAGAAGAGUUCUCUGCCAUGAGAUUUUGAGAGGCGUAUCGGCGUUCCUAAAAUCAUCAAAGAAACACUUCAAAUAAAUAAAUAGAAUAGGAAAGCUCGAUCACCCCACGAACGAUAUAAUUUCUAUAAAACUAAGAAUACCACUGCAAAAAACAUUGAAACCAUUUUUCUCUGUUAAGGUUCAAUCGGUUAUAAGAGUUGCGUUCACAAGGUGGAUCUUUCAGGUAGUUGACACGUGUGAACGCAGCGUCCAACACUGAAGGUCAUAAGGGAUUUAUGGUGAUACAGUCGUCUUAACGUUGCCUGGUAGAAGCUAGAUCGAGGUCUAUCCACUGUCUACCUGGACCUGUAGAAGAAAAUAAACUCAUUUUGUUGUUCAAACCUUAGGUGUUCAGUGAUACAUGACAUAACAAAUCCUGGGUUUUGAUUCUGUUACACGUCCGGUUAGCAGAUUUAAAUGUUGUAUAAUCAUUAAGUAAAAAAAAAAAAACAUGGUUAUAUCUAGUAAACAUUCAUUUACCGCCCGUUUGCCAUUUGUUCAUUUACACAUUUUUUUUCUGUUGUUUCCGAAACAUUGGAAAUAAAUUAUUCAAGUUAGAAACGCC